ACGCAUUAAUAAAAAUGUGUGACUUGGAAGAAGAAGGCACUGCUUCUUGCAAUAUUAAUGGAUGAAGAUGAUAAUAAUAGACAACGAAGGAAAAGGCGGAAUAUUUGGGUGCACGAAAUUAACAAAAAACGUAAAGAAGAAGGCGAAUUUCAUAUGUUAUACCCUGAACUCCGGAAAGAUGUAAAUCGAUUCUACACAUAUUUUAGAAUGGACUGUGAAAGUUUUGAUGAAAUAUUGAAUCUUAUCAGGAACGACAUUACAUUUAGAGAACCGAUUGGGGCAACAGAACGACUAGCAGUCACAUUGAGGGAAUGGCUUCCAACAAGAAAUCAAGAGAAGAAUGGAGGAAGGCCAAAGAGUUGGAAGAAGCUCGAAAGGCUGGAACAGCUCCAGCGGCCGUUGAUGAAGAAGGGAAGGACAUAAACCCCCACAUACCCCAUUAUAUAUCCACUGCACCUUGGUAUUAUGGGAAAACUGGACCCACUUUGAAACAUCAAAGGCCCCAAAAAGAGAAACAGAAAGAGUAUUCAGGAAUAGAUGAGUGGUAUACCAGAGGAGUUGACAGGUCCAAAGUUGUCAUUAAAUACCGAAAAGGAGCUUGUGAAAAUUGUGGAGCAUUAACACACAAGAAGAAAGAAUGUGUAGAGAGACCCAGAAAGGUUGUGGCAAAAUUCUCCGGAGCCAAUAUUGCUCCUGAUGAGUACAUCCAAAAAAAUUUCUCAUUGAGUUUCGAUGGAAAACGAGACAGAUGGAGUGGAUAUGAUCCAUCAGAGCAUAAAACUGUCAUUGAAGAAUUCCAGAAAGUUGAAGAGGCCAGGAGACAUUUGAAAGCUGAGAAACUGAAUGCUGAGGAAUCGGAAGAUGAAGAAAAGAACGAGGACAAAUAUGUAGAUGAGGUUGACAUGCCAGGAACAAAAGUGGAUAGCAAACAGCGGAUCACAGUAAGGAACCUGAGGAUAAGAGAAGAUACUGCAAAAUAUCUGAGGAAUUUGGACCUUGGCUCAGCGUAUUACGAUCCAAAGACCAGGUCUAUGAGGGAAAAUCCAAAUCCUAAUAAAGAUAAUACUUACCAUGGAGAGAAUUUCGUUCGAUUUUCUGGUGACAGUCAAAAUCAUGCCAAAGCCCAAUUGUUUGCUUGGGAAGCAUAUGAAAAAGGAGUCGACGUCCAUUUACUGGCUGAGCCGACGAAACUUGAGCUACUCAGAAAAGAGUAUGAGAAAAAAAAAGAACAAAUCAAGACCAAAAUUCAGAGCAAUGUUCUGGAACGAUAUGGAGGUGAGGAACACUUACAAGAACUUCCCAGGUGUCUGCUGCUCGCUCAAACCGAAUGUUAUAUUGAAUACUCAAGAUCAGGCAAAAUUAUCAAAGGGGCUGAGAAGGAGGUGAUCAAAUCCAAGUAUGAGGAGGACGUUUACAUAAAUAAUCAUACUUCAGUUUGGGGAUCGUAUUGGCAUGGAGGCCAGUGGGGCUAUAAGUGUUGUCAUUCAUUUAUAAAAAAUUCCUUCUGCCUUGGACAAGCCGUUAGAAAUUCGGAGAUUGUUAAGCCUCACGAGCUGCCAGAAAGUAAAGGUGAUGUGAGCGAAGAUAUACCUGAUGAUAAGAAAGGGAAUAGUGAUCGAGAUGAGAGCAGCUCCAGUUCAUCGGACGAAAAAUCUAAAAAGAAGGAACAGAAAAAAGAAAAGAAAAAACUCAAGAAAAUGAAGAAGAAACUGAGGCAAGAAAAAUACAUAACCAACAAAAUGGAAGAAACAGAAGAAAUCAUGGAUGAGAGAAAACGACCGUAUAACAGUAUGUAUGAGGUGAAAAAGCCCACGGAAGAGGAGAUGGAACAAUAUUUCAAGAAGCGAAAGAGGGAUGACGAUCCAAUGAAUCAGUUCUUGUAGAUAAA